AGACUUUUGAAAGCCAUUCCGUCUUCGCCGAACUUCAUUCUCUGUCGACUCGGGAUUGGCCAGUCGGAGCUGAAACUCCACCCCCGCCCUCUUUCCAAAUCUCUCUCCCGUGCCAGUCCCUUAACUCUGCUUCUUUAUGUCUGCGGUGAAGGAACGGCGACAGAAAAAGGCUACGACUGGGACACUGUAACGUCACUGGCAUUAAGACCCCUCCGCCGGCUGCGGUGGUAAAAAAGAGUUUCAGAAGUCCUAUCUUCUCUCCGGCAAGUUUUCUUCGGUGGGAAAAAGUCGAGGCUUAGAAAACUCAGAAAGGCGACAAUCUAUACUCUCCCCCCUCCACGCCCCCCGGACAGGCUGGCUCCUAGCACACAUGGGCAGUCUUCACUUGCAAAUUCACCACCUUAAAACAGUUUGGGAACUUCAACUAUUAGCCUGUCUCUUUCUUUAGGAUGCUCCGUGGCAAAAAUCCAGGAUCAGGACAGUAGAUGUGAGACUCCCACUCUGGCUCUUGUUCCUUGCUGCCCCCUGUGUUUGCUGGUUCAUGUAGUACAAAGAGAGAGAUUGAGAAAGAGAGAUGGUGGAAGAAGAGUCAGCUCAAUAAUACUGAUCUUCCAGCUUUGCACACAUUCAGCCAGACAAGUGCAAUCACUGUUUUAAUUACCAUUGCUGUCCAAAGAGAGAGGCUGGGAUUCCCUAUGCUCAUCCAGGCCUGCAAGAAACAAAUCAGAUCAGCAGCUACAUGAAAACUGUGAAGGGUCACUGUCAAAUCGGACUGGGCAGAACAGUGCAAAUUAGAUCCUCUCAUCCUGGAAGAAACCCAGAAGUUCCACCAACAGACUUGUUUUUUAUUCUUUAUCAAAUAGUCUAGAAGGAAAAAUAACGGUAAAAGAAAACAUAACAAUGGGGGGUACUGGAGUGUGACCAUUCUUAAGUGACACACAUACCCCUCCAGAUUAACAUCAACCUUUUCUGAAGGACACAUUGAAUUUCUGGGUCAGGGAUUAAGUCAACUGGCUAAGAAAUGAGUCUUGGAAAGCUACCAGUGAUUGGCUGGGUGUCUGGUUCACACAGCAAACGUCGCCUCAAAACAGAGCUGACACCAGACAUGAUCAGCCCACCACUGGGGGACUUUCGCCAUACCAUGCAUGUAGGACGUGGUGGUGAUGCCUUCGGAGACACUUCCUUCCUCAGGAACCAUGGUGGAGAGGAAGCCAAACCCCACAAUUUCUUCGCUCGGACACUGUGGCAUGUGAGGAGGAGCCCACUAAGGAACCGGGGAAGCCGAAACAAGGAUCAGGGCUCAUUGGCACCUCCCGCCAUCUCACCCAUCAUCAAGAAUGCUGUGUCGCUGCCUCAGCUCAAUCAGAGUCACUAUGAGAGCGAUGAUCUUGGUAGACCAUUUGCCUUCAGGAGCCCCCCAACAAGUUUCUCUGACUAUGGACUAGAAUCUGGAUUCUGCACCAUUCCACGUGUUCCCCGGUCCGAGAAGGCUCCAGAGAGCUCCCAUCUUGCUGAGCCAGCACUGCAGCGUUCAGAUUCCUUGCUGUCUUUCCGCCUGGACCUUGGCCCCUCUCUGAUGAGUGAACUUCUUCAUGUCAUUAGCUUCUCAGGAAGCUGCAGCCCUGACUACAGGGAAAAGAAAGAAGGUGAAGAAAGUAAACUCUCAAGCAACAGUGAGCCUAGCUCAUCACUUCACUUCAAGAGGAACUGGGCAGAGGACUCACUGCCUUGGAAAUCAGAAUCCCAUCAAGGUAAUGGUGAAGAAAGCCAAAGUGGAUCAAGCCUUUUGGAUUACUCUGAGCCUCGAUCGCCAUUGGGACCCUUGGUCUAUGCCAAUGGAGAUUCUCAUUCUAUAGAGUUGUCUGAGGAAGGCUCUCCCUGUUUGAGAAGCAGGAGCUCUAGUGUUGAACUGGGGGCAGUGCCAAAAGAGACCUAUUGGCAAAAAGGGCACCACAGUGACUGUAACAUGGAGGCAAGUGAAUUCAACCGUGCUGCCCAUGUGUUAGCGUGCCAUUAUGGGAUGGGAAGCACCUACCGCAGUCCACCUCUACAAGAAGAUCCAAGGAGACAAGCCUCAUGGGAAAGCCCAAAUACCAACUCAUGGCAUUUGAAAGUAGGUGCACCUGAGCAUCAGGACUAUGCUCCUGGAUGGCGCCAAAGGGGAGAAGACGAGGAGGAGGAAGAGGAGGAGGACCACGACAAGUCUGAGAGCGAUGAGGAAACCAUUGUUAGAGAGAGACACAGUGAUUCCUUUGAAUAUGUUGAUGAAGAGGAUGAAGAUGAAGUUAAGGUUUGAACAGACAUAUGUGCUAUCUUGCGGCCUCCCACCACCCUCUUAGGAGAUGUCAGAACUAAAGGGAACAAUGUAAAGCUACUUGGCAUUCUGGAUGUGUGCAGACUUACAAGAUUAGUCUUCUUUCCCAAUGAUCUAUGUCACUGCUUCCUAAACUGGUGUUUGCAGAAACACUGGGGGUGCAACAUCCAGAAUUCCCACAGAGUGACAGUUCUACCACACUUGCAGAGUGCCAAGCUAGGAAAGGCAGAUGGAGGAGGGAACUCAUUUCUUUACUUUGCUCUCUCUCCUCCUCCCUGCUUUGUGGGUUUCAAAAAAGGAAUAGAAAAAAAAAGGGAUCAUUUAGAGCAAACAAAAAGUACUAGUUGCUUUUUUGUGGCAGCUGGCACUUAAAGAUGUUCAUAACUUCACACCCUCCUUCAUUCCCACAGGCUGAUUGAUUUCGGCAUGAUAGAUGGUGCCAUGAUUUUUCCAUUCCCUAGAAAUAAAAAUAUUAUACUUGAGAACAGAGGCCACUGAGACCUUCCAAAUCUCUAUCAAACGACUAUGGGGGGGAAAUGCCAUUCAAAAAGGAGCAGUCUAGAAAAGGGAAGAGAAGCUGUACAUCCCACUGGGACAAAAUAUACCUAGCUGCCACAGGCCUUGUGCUGAAGGUAAAGAUAAACUCAGCUGUUCAAGGUACUGACACCAGCUAGGCAGGAUGGUUGCUCUCCUCUUUUUACAAGGAACGCAAAAUUUGGAUUGGAUCUGAAACCAGUUCAUUAGCACACUGUCCAUUUCUCCUGCACUGAAACUCUAAUUGGGAUAGGACUAUUUGUUAUUUUACAUCCUCAGGAGGAAAUAUAAUCUUAGUUUUCCAAUGCGAUCAUUCCAGGGGAACCUGUAUCUCAAGCUUGUUGUUUUAUUUGCUUCCAGAGUGCACAGGAAUUCAGUUUAUGUUAAUGAUCUAGUUUACUGACACGAAGAGCUGAAAUAUAACUUUUUCCAUCCUGCAUCUCCUAAUUCAGUCAUUGGCAAUGCAAAGCCCUAAAUAAUAGUUUGACUCUAGCACUUACAGCUUUGCAUGGCUACUGCAGCAGCUUAUCCACAAAUUGCUUGUUCAGGAAGAAAAGGAAGGGAAAUUUCUCAAGGUAAAACCAGAGUUUCUGAAAUAGGCCUGCCUUUCAUGCUUCCUUAUUCCAAAAAAAAAAAAAAUAGUUUACAUGCUGCCUUUGGAGGUCUUCCAAGUAGCCCCUGAAUUUGCUGCUACUGCCAUAUACAAGGCUGCUGCUUAGCUGAGAAAUAGGCUGAGUGGAGCACAAUUAUUAUGCCUUCCCCGCAAUAAUUCCAUUUCAUAAUUAUAAUGUAUAGUGUGGCUUAAGUAGGGAGGACAGCAUGCAAAGAGUCACCCCUGCACAUUUCCCUUUCCAUUUAAAUCUCACGUGUCUGCCACCCUACUCAACUGAUUACUCUUGGAAGCAAUUAUUCUCAGUACCAAUCAACCAGAAGGAGAGAGGUUCAAGGAAAUCUAAAAAUAUAGCCUUGCAUGUCUUUGGCCAUGUGCUCUACCAACAUACUUCUCCACUUCUGCCUACUGAUACAAACGAACUUCACUGGCAAGGCAAAAAGACUGCCCCCCUUUGUCUCAAGGACCAUUCAGACAACCAUGAUAAGUUAUACCAUCCUGAAGAGAAGCAGUACCUCUGAAAGUAUCCUUGAGGGGAAGACCAGACCAUUUAAUUGGAAAGUGUCUCUGUUUGUACUUACUCCCAUGGCAACAGUUGACCACCCCAAAAAGAGAGAAGUGGGUGAAAUCUUCUCUGUGAUGUGGCUAAUUAUAGUGGUGACCAUUUUUACAUAGGGAUACUUUGGGAGCAUCAAUAUUUGAGAUAAGUCAGUCUGAAUCAUCUCUGUGCUCAUUUUGAAGAGGCUCUCAGCCAGUUAUGUUGGUGGGAAAGAAGGGGCUGUCUUGUCCUAGACAUGGAAAAACAUGAGAAUCAGGCUCCCCACUCCUCUCUUCCCCUCCCCUACAUAUUUUUAGGAGGUACUCAUACAUUGCCCUCUUCCAGCUCCCACCCAUCUGUCUGCAUUUUUCCCUGAUCAAAUCACUCUGCUCUCGAGAAACUAUUUUGGUGAGAAACAAAAGGGAAGAAGUGGAUGCCAUACAAGAAACUUUAGAGGAUUAGCAGCUAUGAAAAAGAAAUGUUGCCAAAGGAUUUAACAUGGAGGUCAGUAAGAUUUCUCUAAUCAGUUGAAAUCUAGUUUUAAAAGCAGGUAUAAGCAUGUGUAACUUUCCCCCUUCCCUCAGAAGGGUUCCCUGAAGUUGUUCACUUAGGUUGGUUUUAGCUGAGCAAACCAAAGCAGUCAUAGUAAGUGGAGUUUCAAAGCCCUUUCUUCGGUAACUGGGUGACAAAUAAGUUUUUUUUUCUUUACCAUCUUCUGUAUCACUGGUGUGGAGCCUUUUUUUCAGCCAAGGACUGUAGAUUCUCAGGGAUAAUUGAGGGGGACACCAUAGGCAGGGGUAAAGAAAGAAUUGAUGGUAUCCAAGCCAAAAAUAGAAAAGGGCAUUUAUUUUGUCUCUGGCACUCAUUUCCAGUUUUUGGUUCACUUUCUAACACCUUCCCCUCUCUCUCUCUUCCAAGUAACAGGCCAUAGGGAAGAGAGGGAUCUCUCUUAACCAGAAGUUUGAACUGAACUCUUGCUGAUAGGAAUACAAGCUACCACCUCUGGUAUAAUGUUCUAGUGAGUAAGGUAGUCCUCAUUUAGCAACUGCCUCAUUUAGUGACCAUUUGCAUUUACGACAGUGAUGAAAAAGUAACUUUGCAACCAGUCCUCUUAUUUACAACCUUUCCAGGGUCUGUAAAGCAAAAGAAAGCUGAAGUAAGCACAGUUGCAGUUUCAUUUAGCGGCCACUUCACGUAAUGACCAUGGUCAUUAAAUGAGGACUACCUGUAUCGUACUCUAUCCUUCACAACCACUGUACUCCAUAAUCCUGUCCUGUGAGGUGUACUAUUUAUGUAUUCUGGAACUUGUCUUCAGGAACUUGAAUGAGUAAAAGUGUUUUUCUACAGGCUUGGAAAAACAUGGGAUUCUUGGCUUGUCCUCCUGAGACCUGGGUUCAGUGGAGUAUUGGAUGACAGCCUCUGAGUAUCCCUACAUUUGGAUGCCCUUUGGCAACAUGGAUUCUUUGGAAUGAGCAAAUUCUUUCCAUAUUCACACAGAAGAGAAUUUUUUUUCUAUUUGUUUUUUUUCCUUGUGGCAAGCAGAGAUGGCUGGGAGAUGAGGUCACCAAAAUGUCCCUCACAGCACUCUGAUUGUUCACAAGUUGGCAUCAGCUGGAGGAUGCCUAAUCCUGCAAUAAGCUCUACGUGGCAGGAGGAGGGAGAAAAAGCAGGAAGAAACAGAGAAAAUAUAAUAAGCAGGCACUGCAUGGGGACAUCUAGCCAACUGCUUUUCCUUGAUGGGUGGCUUUUAACAAACUGACCAACCCCACUGAGCAACAGAAAAGACCAUAAGCACUUUUAAAUAACAUAUCAGGAGUAAUCUGGCAUUUAGCUAGUAUUCUUGAUGGCUAGAGAUGGAUUUUAGGAAGGUUGGCUUAAACACCGAACAAGGCAGGAUGUUAAAUACAUCUUUGCAUUUAUAUAUAUAAAAAUCAAUAUUGGCUUUAUAUAGAGCCAAGCCAUUGACUCAUCUAGUUCUGAUAGUGUUUGCACUGGCUGGCAGUGAUUCAACACGUACUUUACACAGCCCUAUUUGGAGAGGUUCAGGACUGAAACUGGAAAUCUAAUAUGCAAAGCUGAUUCUAUCCCACAAAAUAAUGCUAUUAAUGGAAGCUUUCCUCCAAAUACAUAAAGCAAGUCUGGGUGGGAUGGGGACAUUCCCCUUCCCCAGUCACUGCUAUUUCAGUGAGUUCCACACACAUACAGCUGCUUGUUUUUAAAAAUGUACAUUUUAAAUGCAAAUGGAUAUUGAACAUCAUGUCUAGUGUGACCCUAAAGAGCCUGAAAAUCUGUAGAAAAAAAUAGGUAUUUCCACUGCUUGCCCACUUUUCCAAUGCUACUCAGGAAGUUGGAGAUCUUGGUAAAUAUCCCUCCUCCUGCCCUGGGUUAUCUGACAAGCUUCAAACCACAGAUCCUACCCUUCUUUAUAUCCCUUGCAGUUAUUACUGUUGUUACUACCACAAUUUUUAUAUGUAAAUCUGUAUAUAUAAAUAC